AAUAAAACACAUCUUGUAUCAUUGACAGCAUCAUUCACCAUAACUGAAGAAGAGAAGACCAAGAUUUCAUACAGCCAUGCCAUCCACGCUUCAGGGUUCUUCAUUGCUUUUUUCGUUUCCCUUGUAUUGACAUGUGCUGGUUUUUUCAUUGUUUACCGAACCCAAAUAUUAGAAUGGAGUUUCUGCAGUAAAAACCAGGAGAUACUGCAUGAACUCAGCCAGAAUCACAAACUGGAGCAUUCUCAGUUUAAUUCGGGUGAUCUCUUUAGUGAAGAUAUAAUUAUGAAUGACCAAGUCAUUGAUAUUCUGUCCUUUGAAGAAUCUGGGAACAUGCUUCAGGCUUUAGAAGACUUGGAGGUUGCCAGCCUGACGCGGGCAGAUGCUGAUCUGGAGGCAUAUCGAAUGCAGAUAUGUAAAGAAGUGAUUGCUAUGAUGAUGAAGAACAUGGUCUUAAGUCACAGCCUUUUUCCUCAUGUGGAGAAGAGGAUGAGUUCAGUUUUCAAGAAGCAGUUUCUUGCCAUGGAGAAAGAGAUUCAAGAGGAGUAUGAAAGGAAGAUGGUGGCUUUAACAGCUGAAUGUAAUUUGGAAACUAGGAAGAAGAUGGAGGCUCAACACCAAAAAGCUAGAAAUGCAAAUGAAGAGGCUGAAGAACUAAUGAAGAAAAUGAAUGAAAGCCCUGCUGUAGAAUACAGAAGUCUUCUCGAUAGACUUCACAGAUUGGAGCAGGACCACCUGAAGAGGUUCCUUCUGGUAAAGCAGGAGGAGUAUUUUGCAAAGGCUUAUAGACAGCUGGCAGUUACCCAGAGAAAGGAGCUCCAUAAUAUCUUUUUUACACAAAUAAUAAAUGCUGCUUUCAAGGCAGAACUGAAGAUGGAAGCAGCUAAAACGUUAGUGGAAGAUUACUCUACAAUACAGGGAGAUAUUGAAGAGCUAAUGGAUUUUUUGCAAGCUAGCAAGAAAUAUUACCUGAAUAGAAGAUUUGCUUACAGAAAGUAUAUUAUAAGUAAGAUACACUUAAGGGAUUCUCAAGCCUCUGCUCUUAUAAAUGCAGCAGCGACCCAGAUAUCAAGUCUCAUUAAUAAGAUGGAAAGAGCAGGCCAUCUACCUGAAAGUCAUUUGGGAAUGCUGCUGGACCGAGCUGAGGCUGAAAUUAAUUCUGUUAAACACAAAUUCAAUCAUGAUUUAAAGCAAGAAAAGCAAAAGCUUCGCCAGAAACUCGUUACAAAGCGAAGGCGGGAAAUGCUGCAAAAGAAAGAGCAUUGGAAGGAGCAGCUGUCACUUGGAGACCCCUUCAGGACUACUAAGGAGAUCACUUACUACCUGAGCAACUGGAAAAAUCUUCUGAGUGAUCACACCACUGAAUUUGAAGAACUGACUGAAAAGCUUGACAACGAGGCCAGUGAAGAGCUGAAAGAGCUUCUAUUCAGUCUAACCGAGAAAGCUGUUGAAGAGCUUAAACGUGUUCAGUGUGGAGUAUUUGUGCAAGAACUGGUCAAGCUCAAUGUGCCAAAGAUGUUCCUGCUAGAAGCUGUGGAGGAACAUAAAAAAGAGAUGGUUGUUAAACAUGUAGAGCGUGACAAGAGCAUGGCUGCUGAAGAGCUGCUUCAGCUUACCAGGCAGAAGCUAAGCCAAGAACUGGAAACGAGCAUUUUGGAACAAAAAAAAUUAAGGAGCUGGGAACAAUCAGUAUUCAUGCAGCUUCUAAGUUUACCCCUCUCACUAUCAGAAGAGGAAUUGCUUAGAAUGAGGCAAGAGCUGCAUUGCUGCUUCUCUCAGGUGGACAACAGCUUGGCUUGGCCCAAAAUAAGAGCAAGAACCUUGCUUCAGGUAUUCGAGGUGGAGCGGAGGGACACAGAACUGCUGAAAGUCGAUCAGAAUUUAGCAAUGAGCAAUAAACAGCAGCAUUCUAAAACAAAAAAACCAGGAUCCAGGAAUAGAAAUAAGAUAGAUAUCCUGAAGAAAUCUUUACAGGACAAAAUUUUAAUUUAUGAAGACUCAGUGAAAGACGAAAGUUUUAAUAAGGUUAAGCACGAGUUGAUGCUUGAGAAAGAGCGUCAGCUGCGCGAUCUGGAAAAUAAACUUGGAGAGUAUAUUGCUUCUUUAGCCUUUCAAAAGGCCGUUAAAAAAUCCAAAAUAUUGGAGCUGUAUACCGCUAUCGUAAGCAUACAAGCUUUGCUCUUUGAACAACUGAGCACAUCGAAAACCCUGUCAAAAUUGGAAUGUAUUCAGAUUUUAGAAGCACAUAAUCCUGAGACUGAAGAACUUGACAGGAAGCUGGAGUAUGAGAUGUUGCAUAAGGAGUCAGUCCAGCAGCAGCAGCAUCUAAUGAGUAGGCAGAGGUGGGCUCCAGAUGGAUUGGGACUUUCUAGUGAAGCUGUGGAAAUGAAUGCAGACAGACAGGUGACAGUUCUGCUAAGACAAGCCAUGAAUAAAUGUAGGCGAUAUAUAAAUCUGCACCAGCAAAGCUUGAGAGAUGAGCAAUGGAAUUGCGCAGUGCUUGAAGAUCUCCUGGAAAAUAUAGAAAUGGAUGCAUUUUUGGCACUUUAUAGUCAG